CGCACUCUGCCGACGGAUCCGCCAGUCGUCGUGACGACCUCGAACCGUCAGUGUCGCGAGCUGUUCGGAUUAAUUCUGGAAUCGUCGCCGUACGUCUCCUCGUUCUCUCUUUCUCUCUCUCUUUCUUUCUCUCUCUCUCUCUCUCUUUAUCUAUCUAUUUCUCUCCGCAUCUCUCCGCCUCUUAUCUCCCGUCUCACCGUUCUCUCCGUCGCCGCCGCACAGUUCCCGAGCAUUGUUCCACCCCCGAUCGUCAUCCCCGCGUCGUUCGACGGUGAAAACGUGUGCGAUGCCGAAGUGGCGGGUUUCGAAUCGCGACCGAUUUCGCGCCGCGAUCAACAGUGUCGCAGGAGUUCGUAAAUAAAGCGGAGGAUAAAGCGACUUCUCUCUGUGCCAUCCCCGUUGGUGUCCCCGUGGAUCCCUCCCCCUCGGUUUUAAUAAGGGAUUCUCAAACCUGCCUGUGUCUCCCUUCCUCCCCCGCCGGUAGAAUCGACAGUGUAGGCGCGUUCGUGUUGCGCAGAAACGGAUAAUUAAACGUAACGGGGGAUUUAAAACAGGUGUGCGCCGAGAAUCUUCCAGCGACGGGACCCACCGCACGGUUCAACCGAGAAGGGUCAACGGACAGUGCAUGUGUAACACAGUGUCUUAUUCCGCGGGUUGUGAACGCAGAGAGAUCGCCUGGAAUACACGAUUCAGCUGCCGCUCCGCGUAAUCAUAUUUCGGAAGGAAGAUCGUGGACUUUUUCUAUUAUGGUCCCUUUAUCCGUCGUGGCAAUAGAAGCACCACUGUGAAGGACCACUCAGAAAAAUGAGCGCAGCCGUAGAAAACGGCGUGGAGGCCUCGAAGCCGCGUGGCGUUUUCUCGAAGGCAUUCGCUAAACGGGCGCAGCCCUUCGAGGAAGGUGAGUCUGCCCUCAACACACUAAACCGCUUGAACAAAGAAGGCGAGGCACUCGCCCUUCAGGAUGAUCUUACAACGCACCCCACCUUGGCCUUGAUGCGACGCAUCCUCGCAGAUGCACAGGCAAAAUUUCGCGUGAUGGUGGAGGAGAACGCAGCGACUGGCGCCCGGCUCGACGGGGAGCUGGAGAGGGCGAGGGGCGAGUGCGCGACCCUCCGGGGCGAGCUGAGGGAUGUCCGAGGCGCGUUGCCGGUGGUGUUGAACAAUAACAACGGGGCCGGGACGAACACCGCCGCUGCCACCGCUACUGGGAACAGCAACAACAAUGGGGCGGGCAGCGCCGCGAACAACACCACCCCCGGAACGCAGGAGACAACGGAAGUUGUCCAGCAACAGCAGCAGCAACAACAACAACAGGAGGAUGCCAAGAGGCUCAGCGCUGGCAGCAGCCCCGUCGACAAGAGGAGCUCGGCUAGCGACAAGUCGGCUAGUCCCAUCGAGAAGAGAACCAGCCCUGUCGACAGGAAGGAGCGGACCAGCCCUAUCGAUCGACGAUCCAGCCCCGUAGAAAAGCUAAAUGGGUCGCCUAGUCGCAGUCCGAUCGACAAAACGCGUCGGCCGUACGCGCCGGCCCUGGAGAAGACCCGGCUCGGCGGAUCCGGUGGCAGCGUCGACUCGCGUUCCGGUAGCGCUAGUCCCGAUCGAGGAUCCGGGAACAGAUCCGGCUUCCUUCAUCGCGGUGGCAGCGAUCGAUCCAGCGGCGAUCGGCUGCGGAUAUCGACGAACCGGGACUCGCUGCGCUCCAGCAAGGAGAUGAACGACCACGAGAAGGACAUCGAGAAGGACCUGGUGGACGGCGAGGUGCGGCCCGACGAGGACAAUGAACCACCUGGACCAGCCCCGGGCAGCAGACCCUCGUCCCCGGCUAAUUCCCUGGGAAUAGGGGAUCCACUGGUGGCGUCCAGGCUGUCCAACAUCUACGGAAGCGGCAGCAACGGCUCCGUGGAGCUGGCCAGCACGAGGAGGCUUCGGUUGGAGAACGAGCGUCUCGUUGCUGAAGUCGCUAGACUGAGGAAGCUGUUGUUCAGCGGAGCAGCCCGUGGCGAGGUCGGCUCGGAGGACGCUGUGCUUGAAGAGGAGGCCAGAUUCGUCGCCCUCGAGAUGGAGCUGCAGCACGCGAAAGAAGCUCUGCAAGCUCUGAAGGCCGACCGGAAGAGGCUCAAGGCGGAGAAGUUCGAUCUGCUUAAUCAAAUGAAGGCGCUCUACGGCACCCUCGAGGACAAGGAACGGGAACUCCGGGACUUCAUCAGGAACUACGAGCAGCGGAUGCGGGAGAACGAGGCGACCUUAGGACGCCUUCAGCAACAAGGAGUCGGCAUGCCCUCGGAGGAACGGGAACGCGAGAGGGAGAGGGAACGCUGGAGCCUGCUGAGGGCUGCGAGGGACGAAGCCGAUCGAAGCCUCAGCCUCGCGGCUAGUUUGGCCGACAAAGAGGCCGCCCUCUCGCACGCACACGCCACUAUAAAAGAGUUGCAGCGUCAAUUGGCGGAAAGGGGCGGCGGCGGAAUCUGUCUGAGCGACCAGGAGUCCUUGGUCUCGUUCCCGAGGAGCAGCGUGAACGGAGCGGCGACGCCGGGCGCCGGAAGCAGCAGCGGGGGCGGCGGCGGUGGCUGUGGUAUCAUCCCUCAUAUGAAUUCUCAACCGCCAUUAGGCAGCACAGAACUAGGAGUGACUGUUGGGAACGUCGGGAAUGCGGCAGGUGCGGGCUCAUCCGGCGGACAGGCGGGCGAUCGAGGAAGCUGCAGCGCGGACAGCGGCGUCCGGGGAUCGAGCGAUCGGGAGAGCGGGGGCGCAACCAGCGUGGGCGGCAAUUUAUCGGACUCCACCACCGAUGGCACGCCGACAAUUACGGUCGAGGGGAGCGGUCUCGACAUGGACAGCAUCUCCGUGGUUUCCUCCAUUGCACCGUCCCACAUAUACCAGUCAGCGACCACGCCGAAGGACUGCAGCCCCACGCUGUCACCCCUGAACGCGUUCUCUAGGUCUAUGGACAACUCGUCGUUAUCGCGAUCGGUGGAACAGCUGUCGAGCCCGUUGGAAUCCGAGCCGAGAAGGAGCAAACAAAACACACCUAUCGCGGCACCUGCCGCGCAUUCGCGUUCUUCUGCAACACGAGGCGGCACGUGGGGUUCUAUUUCCAGAGUGUUCGCUCGUUCCCGGCAUCGAAAGGCGGCAAACAACUCCAGCGGUGGGAGCGGAAGCAACGAGGGCUCCGACGGCUUCGAUCCAUAUAGAUCAUGGUCACCUCUUACCGAAGAAGGUUACGCAGAGAAGCUCCGUUUACUUAGAGAAGCCGCGUCCGUGCCUAUGGAACGAUGGAGGGCACCGACGGUGCUGGCAUGGUUGGAGGUUGCGCUCGGGAUGCCGCAGUAUGGUCCACGAUGCGCCGAGAACGUCAAGUCCGGAAAGGUACUGCUGGAGCUGAGCGACGCAGAAUUGGAAGCCGGAUUGGGGGUGACGCACCCGCUUCACAGAAAGAAAUUACGUUUAGCUAUCGAGGAGCAUCGACAUCCGAGUCUAGUUCGAUAUCCAUGCAUUGCUCAACUAGGUCACACGUGGGUCAGCUCCGAGUGGCUGCCAGACCUUGGACUCGCACAAUAUUCAGAGAGCUUCGCCACCAAUAUGGUGGACGCUCGGAUGCUCGAUCAUCUCGGCAAAAAGGAACUCGAGAAGCUGCUGGGCGUCACAAGGAAGUUCCAUCAAGCGAGCAUCGUGCACGGCAUUCAUUUGCUGCGUAUGCUCAACUACGAUCGCCAGGCAUUAGCAGUCAGGAGACACCAGUGCGAGCAAGUCGACACGGAUCCUCUAGUUUGGACGAACCAGAGGUUCAUCCGGUGGGCGAGGAACAUCGAUCUAACUGAAUACGCUGAGAACUUGAAAGAUUCGGGUGUGCACGGUGCCCUGGUCGUGCUGGAGCCAUCCUUCACCGGCGACACGAUGGCCACAGCGUUGGGCAUACCGCCGGCUAAACACAUGAUCAGACGGCACCUGACCGCCGAACUGGAAGCCCUCGUCGUUCCAGCAAGAAGUCAGCUGGAGGUGGUCCCGAGGAACAGCAGCGGCGGUGGUCGUCCGAUGAGCACCGUGAGCGCAGGGGGUAGCCUCGGUCGUGGAAGCAGGGCGCUGCACCUACAGCAUCAUCAGAGCUCCCUCUCGGCCCUGCACAUGACGGCUAAUCACACUGGCACGGUCGAUAGACGCAGAUCCAGCCUCAGGUUAUCUAUGGAGUGGUACUUUUCAAAGAAAUCGCCGGAUAUGAGAACGAAGGGCCGUCAGAUCGAUGACAGCCCGAAACGUAACGGGGCCUUGUCUAACAGAAUAAAUAUUUAAGAUUGUCGCAAUAAUAGGUAAAUAUUUAAAAAAAAGCAAAACAACUCGUCCACUUGUGGAAGCAAUCUGCCUUGAAUAAAAAAAAAAGACCAAGUGUCUGUCACACCGCCUAACCGCGUCAUGGACGACAUUUUUUCUCUUCCCACUUUUUUGUGAAACACCGUUUGCAUAACAUCACGAGGAACACCGCACGGAAAGCCGUCGCCGGCGAUCACAUCUAUCUAUCUAUCUAUCUAUCACCCCGUGUGUCACGCAUUGUUUUCAAUGGCCGCUCGAGCGAGAAGCAAGUUUCGUUCGAUCGAACCGACGACACCGAGGCCCGAAAUUCACAACGGCCGUCGCUCGAGCCGCCAUUUCCCGAUGGGACUCUUUCACACCAUGCACCCUUCUCCGAGCUAUCGCCGAGUCGGUCUCUCGUCGCAUACAAUGGGCGACGAAAAAAGUAUACGAACAUUAAUAUAACUUUGAUUUCCUACGCUGUAUAUUUAAAUAAAUAUG